CAGAGUUUCACACCAUAAAUAUUUGGCACAAAGUGCCAUGUGCUCAGUUUGACCAUCUGACAAGCAAGAGGAGACAUGUUAUACACAGACCUCAGACUGAAGAUGAUGACGCUGAUGUGGAUUACAGCGAUGCUUUUUAAUAAAAUUGAUGCUGCACAGACAAACGAUGUCAGUCAGCCGAACCCAAUGAUCACUGCUGGUGUGGGUGAUAACGUGACUCUGCACUGCUUUAGACUGGGAGAAGAUCACUCUGGAUCCGUCGUCUGGUACAAAGAAAAAGUUGGACACGAGCCUUGUGUAAUUGUCACAGUUCUACAGGAAACCAGUUUCGAAGAUGAGUUCAAGUCACCAAGAUUCAGCAUCGAGAAAGAAAAAAGGAACUACCAUUUAAAAAUUAUUAACGUGGAACCAUCAGAUGAAGCCGUGUAUUACUGUGGAUUUAGAAAAUUUUUAACAAGGUUUGGAAAUGGAACAUUUUUAUCAGUGAAAGGUGAUGGAGAUGUAAAAGUGUCAGUGUUCCAGAGCGGCGUGUCGGACUCGGUUCCUGCAGGAGCGUCAGUGACUCUGCAGUGCUCGGUUCUCUCUGAGAGCAGAUCAGCAGAACUCCAAGUGCUCUGGUUCAGAGCUGCUCCACCACAAUCCCAUCCUCAAAUCAUUUACACUCAUCACAACAGCAGCCAUCAGUGUGAGAGCGGCUCUUCUACACACACCUGUGUGUACAACUUCUCCAAGAACAUCCUCAGCCUCAAUGAUACUGGAACUUACUACUGCGCUGUGGCCGUGUGUGGGAAGAUCAUUUUUGGGAACGGGACACGAGUACAGUUGGGAGAAUCUGUGGAUCCUGUAGUAAUCUUUCUCGCUGUCUCUUUGGGAGUGUGUGUGGUUGUGAUCUUUACUCAUGUUGUAACGUGUAAAGGGAGAAACUGUGAAUGUUGCACUGCGAGACUUCCACAAGGUUCACUGAUGGAAAAAGCACACAGUCAGGACCGUGAUGCCGUGGAGAUGAAUUAUGCUGCCCUAAAUUUCAGUGAGAGGAAAACUAAAAGCGGAAGAGCCAAAAAAAGACAACCUCAAGAUACUGUUUAUUCCGAAGUGAUACACACUCCUGUUACUUAGAUGACUGUUAAUUUAUCACUAAUUGUUAUAACAGAUGUUUGUCUGCUCAAAAGCAAUGUUUGAGCCAAAUCAGUGAAAAAGCAUUCAUUGUCACAUGAAACCAAGUGACAGUGAAAAAUCAUAAACUUUGUCAUGUGAAAAGUGGCCAUUGUGUACGGUGAUGCUAUAAUGAUAAUCACACCUGAAUGUACUUUUUUAACCUGAUUUUUUCAAGCUGUGCACACUUUUAUAAAGUUGAUAAAGUGGUGUGGCCUGUUUAUUUGUGAACUUGUAUAAAUAUUGUUUUCUACAAUGUAACGUCUCCGAAACCAUGUCGUAAUAGUCCAAUCUAGAAGUUAUACAUCUAGCAUGUGCUAGUCUCAUUAUCAUGAUGGGGUUGAAUAGGACUCGAAAAGGAGUUUUAAAUACAUUAUUUAUGCAGCAAUCCAGUUUUGCUGGGAUACAGCGACCUUUUAUUUCACACAGUGGUUAAUAAUGUAAAAUUUAAUUGCUGCGUCUAUUAAUUAAACUUAACAGUGAAGGAUUUAUGGACUAUAUAUAAAGGAUAAAUAAUAAGGGGCCUAACACAGAGCCUUGGGUGACACUUUAUUUUUUGGCUUCUGAAGAAUUUCCAUUUAUACUAACAAACAAUAGCAUUGUAAAUACGAUCCAUACCAUUGUGCUCCUAAAACCAUUUCAGCUGCGAAUAAUCCUUGGGAUUAACAGCAGACCAAAGUGCUCAGAAUUUGUUAUACUGCAACAGGAGAUCACCAAGAUACACUGAAACUAAACCAUUUAGAGCUUUAGACAUCAUGAGCAGGACUUUGUAAUGAAAGUGGAACUUAGUGGGUAGAUACUGUAGCUUGAAUAUGACUGGGAUAAUGUGCGCUGAAUUUCUUUUCCUGGUAAGGUUGCAUUAUAUUGUAGACAACCUCUAAGGGCCUCAUUGUGGCCAGAGGGCCCCAGUUUGGUGUCUUUUUGUUCCCCUUUAAUGUAUUGUGUUACAAAUUAAACAUAUUGUGUUUUAAUUAGAGAUGCACUGAUUAUUGGCCUUCGGCCAUUAGCGGCCAUCGGCCGUUAGUUUAAAAACAUCUGAUGAUCAGGGCCAAUUAUAUCCUGUCAAUAAAAAGUGAGCGGGAAAACACAUUG